GCGCACGCGUCUUUAAAAAAAAAGUAACCGCGCCAAUCUCAAUUUUUUGUUUUUCUUCAUUUUUCAAAUAUUAUACACACGCGUACCUUGUGUUGAAAGUGUCGUGAAAAAUAUUUGUAAAUUUCGCAAAAAAAAACUCAUCUUUUUCCAAAUUUUAAAGAAGAAUUAAAAAAACAAAUUUCUUUUUAGAAUAACAAAGAAAAUUAAAAAAUACUUGAAAGUGCAGUAACAAAUUUACAAUGGAAUAAUGAAGAAAGUGAUGUGUUUAAUAAUAUAAUGAAAUUUUAAAUAACUAUAUAUUUUAAAAAUUAAUGGAAAUUGAACGAAAAUACUAAAAUUAUGAAGUUCGUUUGAUGGAUUAUUUAGAGUGAAGUUUAGUGUUUACUUUUAUUUAUUUUCAAAAUUUCAAAAAGAAGAAAACAAAAAUUUUGAAAAUGCUCGGGGGGUAUGAAUCUCAAGCGGAUUAUUAUCCUCAGUGGCAUCAACCCUACAAUUAUGUUACUCAACUUCCAUACGGUCAUCACGCUGGAAUUAGCGACGUCGAUGCCCACUCCUAUUGGGGCGCUGACUCUGGUAUUUCGGGUGGAAGUUCCGGCGCUGGUAGUCCAGCAGCAUCUACACCACCUCUAAUUGAAGAACUUGGAGCUCAGGAUACAGUUUAUUCUCCCCUUGAGCAAUAUCCAUAUCAUCCAACUAAUUCUCAGCAUCAACAUUAUUCUAGUCUCAUUUACCAGCCGCAAGAAUCGUCAUGCCAAAGUCAACAGCAACAACAACAACAACAACAACAUCAGCAGCAGCAGCAACAACAAAGACGACAAAAUGAAUUUUCCAUUUCCUGUGCGGUUCUCCAGUCGGAGAAUGGAAAUCAUUCGGUGCAACAUCAUUUGUCAGCAAUUAGAGAAGGUGGACUGGUUGUUAGGCCCAAGAGGAGGAAUACAGCGAAUAAAAAGGAGAGGCGACGAACGCAAAGUAUUAAUAAUGCAUUCGCUGAUUUGAGGGAUUGUAUACCCAAUGUUCCAGCCGACACGAAAUUGAGUAAAAUUAAAACACUCAGAUUGGCGGCUUCUUAUAUUGGAUAUUUGAUGGCAGUUCUGGAAAGUGAUGAGGGUCAGGAGCCGCAGACUUUUCGCGCGGAAAUAUUGUCCACUGGCAAACGGAAUAAAGCACAGCAACAAUUGGCUGAGAAUACCAUGCUUGGGACGUCGCUAGUUGGACAUGAAGAAAUAACGAAAAGUAAGGGAAGGACUGGCUGGCCACAACACAUGUGGGCUCUUGAGCUCAAACAAGAAACCCCAUCGAGUCAAUUACAAUAGAACUUUUAAAAAAAUUCAUGACAAAUUUAAUUAUUGAAAAAUUUAAUUUUUCGACUGUUUAGAGUAAACGAAAAAAAAAAUUUACUCCCCGUAGAAAAUUCUCUCUCU